AUGUACGUUGGCUUCUCCGCUUCCACUGGCUUGUAUUGCUGGAGCCUUAGAAUUGAGGGAAGGACACAAGAUUUAGAUCCAAGAAAGCUUCCGUUUCGGAUGACAAUGUAUAAUAAAGUGGUGCUUAGCAAGGGAUUUGCACUGGGUACGACUUUAGUAAGUGUUGCUCUGGUUUUCCUUAUGAUCAUUGCAGCUUUCUGUAUCAUAUUUAGAAUCCGUGAUGGAGAUGAGAUUCUGGAGGAUUGGGAAAUCGAAUAUGGAGCAUGUAGAUUCAAGUAUUCCGAGCUCUUCGCCGCAGCAGGGGGGUUUGGAGAGAAAUCACUAGCGGGUAAAGACGAAUUUCUUCUUGUUUAUGAUUAUGUCCCCAAUGGGAGCGUAGACAAGCUUUUGUAUGAAGAUGGAGUGGUUCAUAGAGAUGUCAAGCCAAGCAAUGUCCAGAUAGAUGAAGGUCUAAAUGAAAAGCUCAGGGAUUUCGGAUUGGCCAGAACUUAUGAACACAAUAACAAUCCACGGACCAUAAACAUUGCCGGUAUGCUAGGGUAUUUGGCUCACGAGCUCACAAAGACUGGGAAAGCCGCCACAAGAAGUGAUGUCUAUGGCUAUGACACCCUUAUGCUUGAAGUUGCAAGCAGAAGAAUGCCUAUUGAGCCCCAGAACAGAGCUAACGAACUGGUGGUGGUGAUCUGGGUUAGGGAGUUGCAUUGCAUUCUCAAGGAAAUAUCACCCGAGCCAUUGAUCCGAAGCUCACAAUUAUCAUUCAGACCGACCAUGGUAUUCAUAUGGAAAUUCUUACAGCAACUGCAGAGUUCUCAGAUUGCUGAUGAUCCUGCAUACAACAUAUCGACUUUGUCCCAAAGUAAAAAUAGUUGGACAAACUUUGGCAAGAAGAUUUCCACUGUUCACGCCAAGAAUUACCUUCUAGAUCACAUUAUCAUAGCAAGAAACCAUCAAACAUGCCUACUGUUGGGGAAACCGGGUUAUUUCCCAUAA